AUGCCACGACAAGUGCUUCCAGAAGGCGAAAUGGAGGAAGGCCGAAAAGGAUGGACUGAGCCUGGCGCCAGUGAUUUCAACCUGGAAUCUCUCCAAGCUGGUGAGAUGACGAACGACAUUUCCGAACAAAUAUCUCAGAUCUUCGGCCCAACUUUGACGUUAAUGAAACUGGGUGGGCUUUUCUUUGGCGAAACCAUUUUGUCCGAGCCUCGGAACUCAAACGCAGGAAAGACAGUGUACCUUUCGCGUUUCUACUGUUUGCUUGUUGUGCUUAGUCUGUGGCUGUUCGUCGUAAUCGGACUUACAACUCUUUUUUCUGAAGGUUUCGCUUCCAUUGAUCUUUUCCUGUACCUGUUUAUCAUGGUUAUCUGGUCUCUGCAGUGUGCUUGCAACGUCACCGUUUGUUUGGCGAUGUUGCCUCAAGUGCAAUGCAAAAGCGGCUCUCGAUUUUCCCAAUUUAUUGCUUCAUUCUCUACGACAACAACUGAUCUCAAAGGGCUGAGGCGAAAAUCAUUGAAAGGUUUAGCUUUUGCAGGAAUGGUGUCUUUGGGGAAUUUUGCCUUCAUUCUACUAUGGUCAUUUUAUCUCAAUGGUGUACUGUACAAUUACAAACUGUGGAAUGGGAACAUGGGAGUCUGGAUCAUCGAAGUUGGAGUUGGAAUAUACAUUUCUUUCGCCUGGAGUCUCCCCUUUCAGCUUUACUACACAACGUGCUUGGUCUUGGAAAGAAUGUUUGAAACGCUAAAGGACAAAGUCACAUCCAGCCUCGAUACAGAAAACCCACUCACCCUCACAACCUUGCGUCAAGAGUAUCUGAGAUUAUGCGAGGUACUCAAGAAGGCUGACAGAGUGUUUUCACCAUUCCUGUUUGUAACUGUCUCACUUGAUGGACCGAUAAUUUGCGUCAAUUUGUACCAGCUCAUCAAGAUCACUAAGAAUUGGUCGAGCGACCCAAAUAUGAUUUCGCUUUUCGGUUAUCUGUUUUGGACUGUUUGUUUGUCAAGCAUACUCUCACUCCUAUGCUUGUUUGGAAAUCGAGUGAACGAGAAGGUAAGAUCGAAGGUAGUUAAUAUUGCAAAUUUUAAAGAAAAUUGUAUUUAAAACUAUUUUCAUAUUUUUUUCGAAACAUCAAUUAGUUUAUCUCUUUAUACACGACCCCUCAAGUUAAAUUUAUAGCUUUAAACCUCUUAGUGUUCAAACGUGUAAACCUUUUCAUUGGUGUAACUAUAUAACCGGUCUAUGUGUUGGUGAAAAGAAAAUCAUAGAAAUGUUGUGGUGGUGGUGGUGGUAAAAGCAAAUUUAUUGAAUGGUGGUGGCAGUAGUGAUUUUGUAAUGGAGGGAAGACAAAAGAAAUGUGUUUCUGGUGGCGGUGAUGGAGGAGGGAAAACAAUUGUGAUGGUGGUGGAGAAACAACAAUAGAAAUGUGGUGCUGAUGGUAGUGGUGUGACAAAAAUAGAAAUUUGGUGUUGCUGGAGAUACAACAAUAUAAAUUUGGUGGUGGUGGUGGUUGUAGUGAUAGUGAUGGUGGAGGAGGGAAAACAAUAAGAGGAUGUGUUUGUGGUGGUUGUCAUGGUUGUGGUGGAGGAACAACAUUAUAGAAAUGCGGUGGUGGUGGUGAGAAAUUCGAGAGAAGAACAUUAUAG